UGCACAAAAAGAGGAAGACAGCACAACAACAGUUAUAACACACGUAACCAGCGAUGAGUCUUUAAUCUGGAGCUGGAAGUUGUGUAGUUGUGUGUUUUCCAUCAUGGAGGCUGCAGCUGACUUUCUGAAGGUGUUCCUCCCUGAGGCCGGGGGACUGUCUCUGACACUCAGCCUCUUCCUCGUCUUUCUAGGGCUUCUGUACUGGUAUUCCUAUUACCCGUAUUCAGUCCUUUCUCGAUGUGGCAUCAAACAUCCGAAGCCAUUACCUUUCUUGGGCAACAUAUUUAUGUUUCGCGAGGGGUUUUUUGGCCCAGUCGCUGAUCUCAUAAGGAAAAAUGGCAGAGUUUGUGGCUACUACUUGGGACGCAGACCGGUGGUGGUGGUCGCAGAUCCUGACAUGCUCAGACAAGUGAUGGUCAGAGACUUCAGCACUUUCCCAAACAGAAUGACUAUUCGCUAUGCCACCAAGCCCAUGGCCGACUGCCUGCUCAUGCUGAGGAACGAGCACUGGAAGAGAGUGCGGAGCAUCCUGACCCCGUCCUUCAGCGCUGCCAAGAUGAAGGAGAUGGGUCCACUCAUCAACACAGUCACCGACAUUCUGAUGAACAACCUGAAUGUUUACGCUGAGUCAGGAGAGGCCUUUGACAUCCACAAAUGUUUUGGCUGCUUCACCAUGGAUGUUAUCGCCAGUGUGGCGUUUGGAACCCAGGUGGAUUCUCAGAAAAACCCAGAUGACCCAUUUGUCCGUCACGCUCAGAUGUUCUUCGCCUUCUCUUUCUUCAGGCCCAUCACACUAUUUUUCAUUAUGUUUCCUUUCCUCGCGGCUCCUCUGGUGAAAAUCAUCCCCAACAAACGACUUGCCAGGAUGAACGGGUUCUUUGUCAACUGUAUCAAGAAGAUCAUCACGCAGAGGGAGGAGCAGCCUCCUGCACAGAGACGUCGAGACUUCCUCCAGCUGAUGUUGGAUGCUCGAACCAGCAAAGACGCUGUGUCCUUGGAGAACUUCGAUACACUGAACCACAAUGAUGAGCUCAAUCCCAGGAACCAGACAGCGCAGCCAUCGGCCUCGGCUCAGGAGGCCCACAGCAGGGCUCCUCAGAAAAAGAUGAUCACUGAGGAUGAGAUUGUGGGUCAGGCUUUUGUCUUCCUCCUGGCCGGCUACGAAACCAGCAGCAACACCCUGGGCUUCACCUGCUACCUGCUGGCCACCAACCCCGAAUGUCAACACAAAGUUCAGGACGAGGUGGACGAGUUCUUCACGAGACAUGAGUCACCAGAUUACAGUAAUGUCCAGGAGCUGAAGUAUUUGGACAUGGUUGUAUGUGAAUCACUGCGCAUCUACCCUCCUGCAUUCAGGUUUGCACGAGACAUCGACGAGGACUGUGUGGUGAAUGGACAGCUUCUCCCUAAAGGAGCAUCGCUGGAGAUCCCAGCAGGCUUCCUCCAUCACGACCCGGAGCAUUGGCCAGAGCCCGAGAAGUUCAUCCCUGAGAGAUUCACCCCAGAGGCCAAGGCCAAUCGACAUCCAUUUGUUUACCUGCCGUUCGGGGCCGGUCCCCGAAACUGUGUUGGCAUGAAGCUCGCUCAGCUGGAGAUCAAAAUGGCUUUAGUUCAUCUGUUUCACAAAUUCAACAUCGUGGCCUGCACUGAGACAAAGGUUCCUCUCGAGUUGAAGUCAUUAAGCACGUUAGGACCCAAACAUGGCAUAUUUGUGAAAAUCACAAAGAGAAACUCGGGAGGAGUUCGAUUGAAUUCAACACCAGAUGAUUAGAAACCCACUGUUCAUCUUCUUGGCUGGUGGAAAUCAUCCAAUAGGUCCAUGUUGUAAAACUUUUCUGCAUUACUUUUGAACUUUAUAUCGUAAAUUUAAGUACCAUGUAUACCUCAAUCGUUGCGCUCAUCUCGUGCCUUUUCACUGAGGCGGGAGCCAGAGAGUGGGCCUAAGAUGAGCAUUGCUUUGCUGUCGUGAUAACCCUAACCCACAGAUCACAGAAGGAGCAGGAGGGCGUGUGAACAAAGACAUAGGAGUGAAAAAAGGAAAAUAAUUAUGCUCUAAUGAAAGAGGAACCAGCAUUACUGAGUAUUUUUCCGAGUCUUUUUAUUUUGAAGAGGCUGUAACUGCACUGUCAAUUUAUUUUGGUGAUUCAAUUCAUGAGAAGUUGAGUUCUCUUUUUAAGCUGCUUUAGUGGCCUACUCUUUCUACCUCCAUUACAAGCCACCACCACCACCUCCUUUUCAUACUGAAUCUGACCUCACAAUGUCACGUGUUGUCAUUGACGCCUGUUCUAUGCCGGGGUCUUUUAGCUGCUGCUCACAGAGCCAUACCACCAAAUAUAAGUUACUGCAAUUAUUGAAAUUAAACAAAUAUAGUCGAGAGUUGUCGCUACUGAAGAGUAGUUUUUAUUUCACCAUUAGCAGGUGGUGGCAGGUUUGUACGACGGAGUAUCAGGGUCACUUAAAGGGAAGAAAACCGGAGAUUUCGAGAAGGAGAUCAUAAUAUUGGGAGAAUAAAGUUGCACUUUUAAUUCUUUAAGUAGAUUUCACAAAUAACAGAAAUAUUGGUUCUAAAGAACCACGUAGACCUCUUGACCUUUCUGUUGGUCGCUGGUUAUUUCCACAAAAAAAGGGAAAAAACUUAAUAUAGGGUUUGAAUUUAGAAUUUUCUCAUAAAAUUACAACUUAAUUGUUGUAAUAUUAUGAUCUCAUUCUUGAAAUCUCAUCAUUUUCAAUCUUAAAUAUAACCCCAAUACUCCAUAAGUUUGCACUGUGGCAUUAUGAUUUUUUUGAAAAUCAGUUUCCUCUUUUUUGAUGUGAUUUAUUUUUUUGUCUCAACAGCUGCUCUGUUGAAUUUUAACCAAUGUGUUGGGAGUGAGUCUGAGUUCAUGAAUUUUUAUUGGAGUCAUUAAUCCAUUUUAGUAUUGUAUAAAUGCAAUAAGUUUUCUGAUGAUUAUUCACCAUGUGUGUAGUUCAGUGACUAAAGAGGGAAAAGGUGAAUAAAGACAGGACUGCUAGUUACAUGUAAAAUGGGUUAAAUUCCACUUGUGUGUAAUUCAAUAUUCUAAGAUAAUGAGGAGAUUCCAUUUUAUUGGCUGCACUGGGAAAAUAAAGGUUUUAAAAUAAUGACAAAGAA